CAAAGUUUCAUUCCUUCGUUCCCUCCAUUUACUGAGCGAUUAGUUAAUUUGUUGUUUGCAUCACUUUAAAUUUUAGCAAUAUGAUAAGUGACACCGAAUUACUACGACAGUGUCCUAAAGAGGGGGUGGAUCUGUAUUUUUGGAAGGACGACAACAAUGAAAUUCAAAUGAAUGUAAUGACACAUGAAGACACCAAAAGGGAUCUCAAACAAAUUUACUUCACUCUACUGACUGACAAGUACCAAGACGUGAGGGACAUGACGGUGAACUUCGGUGCAGCAGAAGAUUAUCUGCUAAAAAAAACCGAAUCGACUAUUGGUCAUUUUAACAGUGACCCCUUGAACCCAGACGGAUGCAAAGUGAAGGAACUUGAACAACUAUGGGGGUGGAAAGUCGAGCCUAAGUUGUCCUACUCUUUCCACAUUUAUACAAACGAUGCAUGGGUCGCUGACCAAUUGAAAUGCCGCAUACGGAGAAAAUUCGGAGUUGUGUGCGCCAAAGCUCCAUACAGUUCAGAAGUAGUUUUGGCCAAACACGCUGCAAAAAUCGAUCAUCAUUUAAGACAAUUUCUCCCUCGUCUUCCUCAAAUACGGGAGGAUUAUUUUAAUAACCCACCUCCUCCUCCUCCAGAAAAACUACAAAACCCACGACCUACACCACCAUCAAAUGAAAUACGCCGAUGCGAGUUGUGUUCCGAAACUCUAAUUGGUUCUGGGGAAACUCACACUAAUCACAUGAAGAACUGCCACUACACUGGACCGAAUGCAUUUCCUUGCGAUUUAUGUCCCUGCAGUUUUCUAAAAGCAGCAAGCCGGAACGUACACCGGGGGUUGGUCCACCGAGGUGCAGAACCACAAAAAAGGAACACGUUCGGUAUUGUGGACAUUACUGACGAAAAUGCUGCUAAAUGCGAUGUCCAUCUGGAUCUUAUUACCAAGGAAGAGGAAGGGUCAAAAGCGACCAAAUAUAGGUGCCUGUGGAGAGGACUAGAAGGUGAAGAAUGUGGAAAAAGUUUGAAGGGGUUGACUCUUGCUCGCGACCACGUCUGUUCCCAUUUAGGACUUAAACCUUACAAAUGCCCUGCGUCUGGGUGUACUUUUGAGACUUCUAGCUUCAGGUCGGCUUCACGUCACUACAGAAAUUCACAUGAAGGAAGAGACUCUGAGGAGGAAGAGGCGACUGAAGAAGAUGAAGAACCCCCAGCAAAAAGAUGCCAUCAAAUCUACUCUAAUAUCCACUAAUUAAUUAUUACAAUGCCAAUUAAUUAUUACUUUCAUUUUGUUAAGAUGAGUAAAGGUCCGUUUAAUGAAUUAUUAAUUAAAUAAAUUCACAAAAAAAAUGUGAUCAUCAACGUA